GGUUCAUCAAACCGGUGUAUCAAAUCCCUACGGGAAGACUUUACCGAGGUUUUGUGGAUUUUGCCGAAGCAGUAGAAGAAAGAAGAAGAAGAGUGGGAGAAAAUGGCUGCAACGAGCAUCGCUUCUAGGUCUACGUCUCUAGGCUCAAUCUUCAGAACCGUUACUACACGAAGCUUGAUCUCACCUAGAGCUAGACUCUCCGUCCCAAACCCUAAUUCCCCAUCGUCGCGUUUCAACGCUUCUUCGCCUCUUCAUCAGACUCGAAUCGAAGGUUCUGCUCCCAGGUUUCUGCGGCGAGAACUAAGCACGCAUCAACCAUUUCACAGCGUUAUCGCUGCUGCUCGCCUCGUCUCGAAACUCCCUUCUGAUCUCACCUCUUAUGAAGGUAGAUUUGCAAACUAUGUCAGUCCCAUCUAAGUAGGCAGCACCUGAGAGUAGAUGGAUGAUCUUCUUGCGCCAAGUUUGAUCUUUUUUUUUUCCAAGGAAAUUUUCAGGUUCUUUAAGUUUAUAAAUCUGUCAACAAACCGCAUUUGCAAUCUCUCGGUAUACGUGUAUCGGUAUAUGUUAUUACUUCCAUUUGAUUUGGCUUCAGAAUCUUGUUAAUCAAAAUGAGGAGUUAAAACCAUAGUUAUUUUCAGGAAUGUAUGUUAACUUCUCCCAAAAUGCAACUACUCUGUUUGCAUGGGACGAGACUUUUCCAUUUCUACGAAUUGAGUUAUGUUU